AUGAGAGACGCGGGGGCCGCCCCUCGUGUCACCCCCCGUGCCACCUCCGUGCCACGGCCUCUCCCGUGCCCCGGGCUCAGAGUCCACGGGCCGGAACCGCCUGCGGGCAGCGGGCACCGGGAACGGGGCCAGGCCGGGCACGGGACUCGGACGGGCACGGGCAGGUCCCGGCAGCGCCGGGGCGGCGGUUCCGAGAAACCGGGGGGCGGCCGUGGGUGCCAUCGCUGCCACUUCGGGGUGGUGGCAGGGCCAAAUCGCGGUGCCAGCUGUCCCGGGACAGGGAUGGACGCCCCGAGCCCUCUCCCGGCCCUGAUCCGCAAGAAGCGGGACGGGGAGCGCCUGGAGGACGCCGAGAUCCGGAGCUUCGUGCGCGGCGUCACCGAGGGCACCGCGCAGCAGGGGCAGAUCGGUGCCAUGCUGAUGGCCAUCCGGCUGCGGGGCAUGGACGCGGCGGAGACGCUGGCGCUGAGCCGGGCCAUGGCCGGCUCCGGCCGGACGCUGGCCUGGCCGCCCGCCUGGCACGGGCUGCUGGUGGACAAGCACUCGACCGGUGGCGUUGGGGACAAGGUCAGCCUGGCCCUGGCCCCCGCGCUGGCCGCCUGCGGCUGCAAGGUGCCCAUGAUCAGCGGGCGCGGGCUGGGCCACACCGGGGGCACCCUGGACAAGCUGGAGGCCAUUCCCGGGUUUCGCGUCUCGCAGAGCCCCGAGGAGAUGCAGCGCAUCCUGGCGCGGGUGGGCUGCUGCAUCGUGGGGCAGAGCGCGGAGCUGGCGCCCGCGGACCGGGUGCUCUACGGGCUGCGCGACGUCACGGCCACCGUGGACAGCCUGCCCCUCAUCACCGCCUCCAUCCUCAGCAAGAAGGCGGCGGAGCGGCUCUCGGCGCUGGUGCUCGAUGUGAAGUUCGGGGAGGCGGCGCUGUACCCCACGCAGGAGAGCGCGCGGGAGCUGGCGUGGAGCCUGGUGGAGGUGGGCACCCGCCUGGGCAUCCGCACCGCGGCCCUGCUGAGCCGCAUGGAGCAGCCGCUGGGCCGCGCCGUGGGCAACGCGCUGGAGGUGCUGGAGGCGCUGCAGUGCCUGGGGGGAGGCGGCCCGCCCGACCUGCGACACCUGGUCACCGCCCUGGGCGGGGUGCUGCUGUGGCAGUGCGGGAUGGCCGCGGGGGCCGAGCAGGGCCGGGAGCGCCUGGCCCGGGCCCUGGACGAUGGCUCGGCCCUGGGCACGUUCGAGGCCAUGCUGGGGGCGCAGGGGGUGCCCCCCGACACCGCCCGGGGUCUCUGCGCCGGGACCCCCGCCCAGCGCCGCCAGCUCCUGGGCGAGGCCAAGGUGUGCGAGGAGCUGCCCGCGCCGCAGGAAGGCCAGCCCUGGCUGCGGCUGCACCACGAGGGGACCCUGAGCGCCGAGGGCCGCCGGGAGCUGCAGGCCGCGCUGCGCCUCGGCCCGGAGCCGCCGCCGGAGCCGGCGCCGCUGGUGGCCGAGACCAUCCUGCCCCCGGGAGCGCUCCCCGGGCCACACCGGGACCCGAAAUAA